AUGACUAGUUCUGAAGUAGCAAAAUCUGAUGAUCUUAUCAGAGGUAAAUGCAUUCUGAAAGAUAAGCUUGUAGAUGUUCUAUUCGACUCUGGUGCUACCCAUUCUUUUGUCUCUUUAGACUAUGUGAGUUGUCUUGAAAUAUUUGUUUCUUCCUUGCCAUAUACUAUCGUAGUAUCUACUCCUAUAAAUCAACCUGUGGUGACUUUGCAUGCAUGUUUGGGUUGUUCUGUGAUAAUUCAUGGUAGAAAUUUCUUGGUAGAUUUGAUUUGUCUACCCCUUUCUCAGUUGGAUGUUGUAUUGGGAAUGAAAUGGUUGUCAUCCAAUCAUGUCUUUCUUGAUUAUAAAGAAAAAACACUAAUAUUCGGUGAUAGUGUACCGAGAACUCCUAGGCUCCUAUGUGAGGAUGACUCAAGGAACAUGGUCAAUGUCAAAGCCUUUAUGAUACUAUUUUCUACUGAGGUAGAAAGAAGUGUGAAGGCAGAGCAUAUAUUGGUGGUGAAUGAAUUCUUAGAAAUUUUUCCGAAGGAUGUAACCGAACUACCACUAAAGAGGGAGAUUGAGUUUACGAUCGACCUUAUACCAGGAGUAAGCCUAGUCUCCAUUGUACCUUAUCGGAUGUUGCUAAUGGAGUUGGCCAAAGUGAAAAGCAAGUUGAGAAUCUGUUGGAAAAACAAUUUGUGA